AUGACAGAUCAAUUCGCCUACUCAUACGCCUCCCCUCUAGAGGGCUACGAGAACCUCGAACCAUUACCCGAAGAGAGGAACGAAGACGGCAAGUCUUUGAAGAACCCGCAGCAUGGCGUCCUCAGCAAAGCCUACUCUGAGUUCCCAGACCCGUUGGCCAAGGACCGGCGCGGCGGAUUCGACAUUCACAUCUAUCACUUCCAGAACAACCCGGACCAAGUCACCUUCGCGAAAGCCCUCUGGGAACGUAUUCGGCGAGAAUUCCCCGAGCUGCGCAUCUACACCUUCUUCGACCGCCCCGUCGGUCCACACCCGGUCGCCAUGUUUGAAGUCAACCUCUUCAGCCCGGCGCAGUUCGGCGCAUUCAUUCCCUGGCUGGUGGUGCACCGGGGCCCGCUCAGCGUGCUUAUCCACCCCAACACCGUGGAAAGCGAGGAAGAGCGCAACCACACGCAGCGGGCAACGUGGCUCGGGGAGCGGAUUCCACUGGAUCUGAGGGUAUUUAAGUUGAUGAAGCAGAAGCAGAAUCAAGAGAACAGCGGGUGA